UCUACCAGUUGUUCAUUCCACUCGGCCACUUACAGCUAAACGGAAGUCCGUUCAGCAAAAAAAUAAAAAAAAAAACACAACUUUUUUUUAUAAAAAUUCCAAGGCCUAAUAUCGUACAAAAGUGUCAGUGAGCAGCAUGGACGGCUUCUACAGUAAUAACAACAGCUACAGCUCCAACAACGGCGGCUACUGCUCGCAGGGUACGCGAAGUGGCAACUGCGGAUCAUGUGGCAACUGCCCCGGCGGCCACUGCCCCCGAAUGGAGGCGGGCGGUAGCGGCUGCGGCGCUCGAGGAAUAAGCCAGCCGGGUUGUCCUGGCGGCAACUGUUGUCCCGGCGGAAGGUGUUCGGCCGGAAAGUCGCGCCACAAUCCAGACUGGCAGUAUGGUGGACGCUAGCACCAAAGAGUUGGCGCUUCCUAGACCUGCAAAUCGAACGCCCGCGAAUGGACUUCCAAUCCACAUCUUACCCGAAUAGCUGCACGCAGUAACCCGAUUUGGGUGAUCAGCAUCGAGGUGAAGCGGAUCCGCUGGUCGACUCGGAAACUCGCACCCAUCCAUUUCCAUACUUUAUAUACACACCACUUACCAUCUACACUUUCCAUUCACGCACAAAUUUCCAAUAUCCCUGACGAACAAGAAAAUAAAAAGAUACAUACAAUAUGUAAAACUAUA